CUCAUCAUGACGACAAUCUGGAGCUUGGAGCGUGAUGGCCGCGGCUACCGGCGUCUGCUGACCUCGUUCCUGGCCAAGUACCUUCUCAUGGGCCUCUUCCUUGCGACCGACAUGGCGCUCAAUGCGUCGGCCGAGUUCGUCGACCUCGCAACGUCCAAGAGCAUCAACACGACAGUGAGCGUCGUCUUAGCCCAGGCGUUUGUGCAAAUCAUCGCAGCCAUCAACUUGUUCGUUUUGCUUGGCAUGACAUUUCCGUUCCGCAAUGGCCUCCUCGGUCUCCUCGGCAUGGAAUUUCGAUCGGUGCUGUACAUGCACGGGGUCUACUUUGCCUUGACAACAGCGCUUGGCAUCUCCCGCAUCUCGAUUCUGUCGAGUGGCGGCCCCCCCAUUCAGUUGUGGGACCGCCCAGACUACUACCUCCUCUCGGCGCUGCAAAAGCUCGCGAUGGUGCUGUACUGCCACUUGACGUUGAAUGCGCUCACAAAGCUGGGCAGCGCCAGGUUUUACACCAAAGAUGCCUGGGUUGCGCUGCACAAUCAACUGCUCUAGUAAUGGUCUACGUAAAAGGACUCUACUCGUGGAAAGCACGACAAGAUACCAAGUAAUGUCAGUUGUAGUACGC